AAAAUCCAUUCUGGGCCAACACAGAAUGCCGCACUAGUUAAUCUCAUUGAAGCACCGCAGAGAUCAAUUUGUGGCAAUCAACAAUGGCAGCCUCACUCCAAGCCACGGCUACCCUCAUGCAACCCGCCAAGGUGGGCGCCUCUGCUCGGAUCAGCUCCUCUGCGUUCAAAUCCACCCACGCUAUUUCUAAAGCGUUCGGUUUGGAACCCGCUGCAGCCAGGCUCACCUGCUCUCUUCAGUCUGAUCUCAAGGACUUGGCUCACAAAUGUAUCGAUGCCACCAAAAUCGCUGGAUUCGCCCUUGCCACCUCUGCUCUCGUCGUCUCUGGAGCAAGUGCGGAAGGUGUUCCGAAGCGAUUGACGUACGACGAAAUCCAGAGCAAGACAUAUAUGGAAGUGAAGGGAACCGGAACGGCGAACCAGUGCCCGACCAUCGAUGGCGGAGUGGAUUCGUUCGCCUUCAAGCCUGGCAAAUACGAAGCCAAGAAGCUCUGCCUAGAGCCGACUUCCUUCACCGUCAAGGCCGAGGGAGUCAACAAGAACGCACCCCCUGAGUUCCAAAACACCAAACUCAUGACCCGCUUGACCUACACUCUAGACGAGAUCGAAGGACCAUUCGAAGUCACCCCCGACGGCUCCGUCAAGUUCGAGGAGAAAGAUGGGAUCGAUUACGCCGCCGUAACGGUUCAGCUUCCCGGUGGUGAGCGCGUGCCCUUCCUCUUCACCAUCAAGCAGUUGGUGGCAUCUGGGAAACCAGACAGCUUUAGUGGAGAGUUUCUUGUCCCAUCCUACCGUGGAUCCUCGUUCUUGGACCCAAAGGGACGGGGUGCUUCAACUGGUUACGAUAACGCCGUGGCAUUGCCUGCCGGUGGCAGAGGAGACGAGGAGGAACUUGCAAAGGAAAACAUCAAGAGCGCUCAAUCAUCCAAAGGGAAGAUCACCUUGAGUGUGACCAAGAGCAAGCCUGAAACUGGAGAGGUAAUUGGUGUGUUUGAGAGCGUUCAGCCAUCUGAUACCGAUUUGGGGGCGAAAGCUCCCAAGGAUGUCAAGAUCCAGGGCAUCUGGUAUGCUCAGCUUGACUCUUAGACCUUCUCUACUUGCCUUUGUUUUUGUUGGUUCAGAUUUUGCUGUAACUCCACGCACUCCCAAGUUUCAUCGCGUUUGUAUAUUAUAUGACUUCCCAUCGUAAUGCUUAAAAUGGCAGAGUUCCUCCA